CAGAGAGAGUCAAAGGAAGAGAGAAAACACUAUGAAGCACGUUCAGAGCGUACAGAGAAUUCAGAACUUCGUGGAGCAAAGGUGCCUUUCGUGUGACUGAGUGAUUAUCUAGCCAUCCUGAGUUUUACUUCUUUUUUUUUCUUCCUUCAAACACCUUAAUGCGGCUACGCAAAAUUAUUCGAGCAGCCAUAACGGUUGCUUUCGGCAGAGUGGGCGUCACGAGACGCGCGGAAGCUGCGCCCCCGUGUCCCGGUAGUUACGCGUUUCUCACCGACAGCAGGCAGAUCGUUGAGGCGUUCAGCAAGGCCAAUCGGCUGCUUGGACGAGAUGAGAACGCUUUUCUCGAGGACCUGCUGGAGGUCAUCGAUGCGACCGAAGUCGACCUGUUCCAACGGGCCGUCACUUCGACAGGAACGCAAAGCGCGCUGGAAAGAAAGGUCAGGGAUCUCGUCUACGGGACUGCGUCUUGCUACCGAGAGGUUGGUACCCUGGCACACCUAUUCACCCGUAUUCGAAGGAAGGGUGUUUCGCCACUCGAGUACACCGAGUUCAACACGACCAACCAGAGGCGAUUGAUUGUCAUCGCUCAGAUGCAGCAGAUCGCGCAGGAGCUUCACGAUGACAUAGUGACCACCGCGCCGGAUGACCGCGCUGACGUGAAAGCGAUCCGCUCGGCGAAUAAGCUCAACACGCUGCUGAGCGAUGCAUUGUUAACUCUGGCUUUGAAGACUGUGACUGACACAGCUAACGUAAGGGUUCUGGAGCUGUUCUCACGAAGCCUGGAGCGCUUCUCGUCUUCGUACUUCGACGAUAAGGAGAAGGCAGAUGCUGCCGACAGUACACCGAUCAUGCAGCAGUGGUCCCGCUACCAAGUGCGCAACACGGAACCGCUGGCCAACGCGUUCGAGUGCUCGCUGCUCCUGGCAGGGGCCAACUCAGAGGAACUUUCUGCAGCAAGGCAGUGCGGCAACGACCUCGCCCUCGCUAUCCAGGCUAUAAAAGAGCUGGAUCUUUUCUUAAACCGCGAAUGUCAUGGUCCGCUUGGCGACCCGCGCUCGCUUCCUGCAAUAUUAGCGCAGGAAGCGUUUAACAAGGCUUCUGAAGUGCGUCGACAGUGCUGUGGUUCAAGCAGCGAGGCAGAGGCAGAAAAGAGUCAAAGAGAGCAGCGAGACAUCGUGGACGGAAUGAUCGGAGUGAUUCGAAGGCUGACGGACGGAGUGCUCGGCUACGUGGCCGACUGCGAGGCGUCCGAGGCAUCUGAAGCCUUGCGAGAUAUCGCCGCCGGCAUAAGGAACACGUGACUACGCCCACAUAGAUAUGACCUUACAAUCGCUCUCAGUAUUCAUGCGGAACGCACCGGCUCGCGAGUGACACGGCCCCUCGACUGAUAAGCCGCAGAGCGUGACGUCACGAGGAUGCGACGACGCUGCUGUCACUGUACGCGCAGACAAAAAAAAAAAAAAAAAAAAAAAAAG